AUGGACACCCACAUUAAGGAGGGACAACUUUAUGUACAGCACCAAAAGUUUGGCAAGAAAUGGAAAAAGAACUGGUUCGUCCUUUACCCGGCCAGUCAAAACGGCAUCGCCCGCCUUGAGUUUUUUGAUUCAUCCGGGUCGGCAGGUGUGGGCAAUAGCUCGGGUGCGAAUUCCAAUGAGAAGACCAGAAAGCUAGACAAGAAGAUUAUCCGCUUGUCCGAGUGCAUUUCCAUCCUGCCGGCGCUGACUGAGAACUGUCCCAAAGACAACAUGGCGGCGUUUUGCGUGGAGACCAACGACAAGAUCCACGUCUUUGCUGCCGAGAAGAACGCCGCCAAGGAGUGGAUGGAUACCAUGUGUGAUAUUGCAUUCCAGGGUGGAAGUGGCGCAAAUGGGGAGUCAGAUGGGGGAGCACAAGACCUGAUGAUGUCAGAGAAUCUCAUCUACUACUCCCGAGAGCAGACAAAUGAGUUCUGGGUGAGCGUUCAGAGAACAGAGGCUUCGGAGCGCUGCGGCCUGGCCGGCAACUACUGGCUGAAAGCCGAAAGCGACGUCCUCAUCUUGAAAGAGCCCAAAACGAAGCGGGACGUCCUCGUCUGGCCGUACAAGCUGUUGAGGAGAUACGGGCGAGAUCGGGUGAUGUUUUCCUUCGAGUCUGGCCGGCGCUGUGACUCAGGCCCCGGUAACUUCACCUUUGACACCAAACAAGGCAAUGAGAUCUUCACGCUAGUGGAUCAGGCCAUCAAGUCCCAAAAGGCCCUAGCUGAGGAGCGACCCCUCAGCUGCCCCAUCUAUUUUGACCCAGAUUGCCCGCCGUCACUGCUGCACAUACGCAAUCCCGUGGCGCCCGGCAGCGGGGAUAGCAGCAGUUGCGGCAGCUGGGAGGCCGACGGCGAUUCUGGCGGAAGCAAACCGGGUUCUGCGGAUGGCGUGCUCGGUAAGCGGGAAGGUUUAGAUGGAGGAGGCGGGACGAGAGGGCAAGCGAGCAGCGGUGCGGAGAGACACAAAGGGAGAAGUUUACCAGAACUGCCGGGAAUCCAGGGGUUCGCGAGCGGAGGGAACACGCCUCCGCGUUCUCCGAAAGGUCAGGGGAAGGGCAAAGGUACUUCCUCGGCCGACGAUCGAGCCGCUCUUUAUUCCGAGCCGGUGGACGCCAUCCGUCUGCCCUCGCGUUUAGCCGACAGUCUCUAUUCUGACCCCGUGGACAGUAUCGGGUCCGCGCAGCCCGUGCCUCGCCUGCGCCCUACGGGUGACGAGUCCUCCGGAGGGGCGUCCCAAACAGAGCAUCAGCUAGCAGGUAGCAAUCCUAAGAAAUCCCAGGAUCUUUAUUCACAUGUGUAUGACCACAUAAGUCUGAAGCUGAGCCAGAAGACCAGCGCAUUAAGUCUGAAUGAGACAGGAGGCGGCGCGAGAAGCAGAGGCGCGAACAAUAACAAGCGAACCAUCGGCGAGGGAGGUCAAUCCCCUCGUAUUUCUUCUCAGGAGCACAUUUACGACGAACCAGAAGGAUGCGCCAAAGGAGUUCCGAACACGAGCAAUUCAGCGGGGAUGACUGUUUACAACGAAGCACGUUUGGAGCCUCAGGGCUCGAAGAAGCAAGAGGAAGCUGCUGCCCCGUCUGGACCGGAGGGAAACUACACCAACCCCUUUCAAGGAAAGUCGUCCGAGUUCCAAAAACAGCUUCCGACUCCGAGAUGGCCCAAACCCGUCACCGCCCCCAAACCCAGCGGGCUGAAUUUUACUCGGAAAGAUCCCGUACCGUGGCCUCCGGGGAAACAUUGCGAGCCUGUUGAUAACACCAACAACAGCAACAACAUUAGUGACAGAGACAGCGGAAGGGAUGUGGAACUUUAUAGCAAAGUCUCAAAACCUUCCAAAUUAUGGUCACAUCAGUCCAAGCCGAAACCACUGAGCUCGCCUGAUAUUAUCUAUGAUAACUUGGGAGAUAUUUGA